AGUCACGUGAGAGUGGGCGGUGGAGGUGGAGGUUUCUCUCCGCCGGUGUUUCGUCUCUAUGGUCGGUAGAGGUGGGCGGCUUUGACCCCAGAGCGUCGGCAGCCCCGGUGCGAACAGAUUGUGUUUACUCAGACACACAAAGAGAGGCAGAGACCUAGGCAGAGGGAGAAGCAGGUUUCCUGUGGAGAGCCUGACGCAGGACUCCAUCCUGGGACAACAGGAUCACACCCUGAACCAAAGGCAGAUGCUCAGCCACGGAGCCACCCAGGUGUCCCUAAAUGUUUCGUCUUAACUCCCUUUCUGCAUUGGCAGAACUGGCUGUGGGCUCUCGAUAUUACCACGGAGGAUCACAGCCCACCCAGAUCAGGCGACGACUAAUGAUGGUGGCUUUCCUAGGAGCAUCUGCAGUAACUGCAAGUACUGGUCUCCUUUGGAAGAGGGCCCUUGCAGAAUCUCCACCAUCUGUAAACAACCUAAAGAAUGAACUUGGUGAUAAAGGGAAGAAUAAAGAUGAAGGGGAAGUUUGUAACCAUGAAAAAAAAGCUGCAGGUGUUUGUCUUGAGCCUCAUCAGGAAGAGAAAAAGAAGAAACGUUCUGGAUUCAGAGACAGAAAAGUGAUGGAAUAUGAGAAUAGGAUUCGAGCGUAUUCCACACCAGACAAAAUCUUCCGAUAUUUUGCCACCUUGAAAGUCAUCAAUGAACCUGGUGAAUCUGAAGUGUUUAUGACUCCACAGGAUUUUGUGCGAUCCAUAACACCCAAUGAAAAACAACCAGAAAACUUGGGUCUAGAUCAAUAUACAAUAAAACGCUUUGAUGGAAAGAAAAUUGCCCAGGAACGAGAAAAAUUUGCUGAUGAAGGCAGUAUAUUCUAUACCCUUGGAGAAUGUGGACUCAUAUCCUUUUCGGACUACAUUUUCCUUACAACUGUUCUUUCUACUCCUCAGAGAAAUUUUGAAAUUGCCUUCAAGAUGUUUGACUUGAAUGGAGAUGGAGAAGUAGACAUGGAAGAGUUUGAACAGGUUCAGAGCAUCAUUCGCUCCCAAACCAGUAUGGGUAUGCGUCACAGAGAUCGUCCUACUACUGGUAACACUCUAAAGUCUGGCUUGUGUUCAGCCCUCACAACCUACUUCUUUGGAGCUGAUCUUAAGGGGAAGCUGACGAUCAAAAACUUCCUUGAAUUUCAGCGUAAACUUCAGCAUGAUGUUCUGAAAUUAGAGUUCGAACGCCAUGACCCUGUGGAUGGGAAAAUUACUGAGCGGCAGUUCGGUGGCAUGCUGCUGGCCUACAGUGGAGUGCAGUCUAAGAAGUUGACUGCCAUGCAGAAGCAGCUCAAGAAACACUUCAAAGAGGGAAAGGGUCUGACAUUCCAGGAAGUGGAGAACUUCUUUACUUUCCUAAAGAAUAUUAAUGAUGUGGACACUGCUUUAAGCUUUUACCAUAUGGCAGGGGCAUCUCUUGAUAAAGUGACCAUGCAGCAGGUGGCCAGGACAGUAGCUAAAGUGGAACUCUCCGACCAUGUGUGUGAUGUGGUGUUUGCGCUCUUUGACUGCGAUGGCAAUGGGGAGCUGAGCAAUAAGGAAUUUGUUUCCAUCAUGAAGCAGCGGCUGAUGAGAGGCCUAGAGAAGCCCAAAGACAUGGGCUUCACCCGCCUCAUGCAGGCCAUGUGGAAAUGCGCACAGGAAACUGCCUGGGACUUCGCUUUGCCUAAACAGUAACCCAGAACUGCGAGAGGGACCACUGCCUCCACCCAGAGCACCCUGACCCCUUGAGCAGAGCUUGGCACAAGCUUUCCGGCUGCUGCUUCUGGAAGUAGCACUCCCUUCCUCUUGGGAAUGAUCUCAGGAUUCAACCAGUUUCUCCUCUCCACCCUUCCUUUGGCAAAGCAUUUUUGCUCAGCUCUCUUUCUGCCCAGUGAUUAUCCCCAUAGGUUCUCAAAAACGUGAACAAGUCCCAAAAGUUCAGGCUUCUGGCACCUUCAUCAGCACCAUGCAUUCAAAUUACCCUGUGGAUGAAGAAUGCAAGGAACCACCCACAUACCCACAAACCCUGGGAAACAGUUCUCAAGUAAUUUUUGCUCUGGAUUUACAUUAAGAACAUUCUUUGCUUUUCCUCCUGCUGGUGUUUUUAAGCCACAAGUUGGGAAGACCUCUGAAAGGCAGAAGGAAGCCUGUGAUGAACAGUCAUGAGGAAGAGCCGGGCAGCCUGGGCCAGAGAAAGGAUUCAUGUCAGUCCCCAGGAUGGUUCUGAGGCCUGCUCCGGGCAGGUGAUAGGCACAGCGGGAUUUGGAGCAAGAUUUGGAAUUUCAAGCAGCUGCUUCGUGGCUCUUGGGCUCCCUAGGAGGAUUCUGCCAUAACUCGGUGCCUAAUGAGCAGCAGUGAUUGAGUCUGUGUUCCCUGCAAGUGCCAUUUCCCCUCCAGGAGCGGCCCUCUGAAGCUGAGGCCUGGCUCAGAGCCUGUCUGCCCUCUGUCUUAAACCCUCGUAAAAUAUCACUUUAAUUAGAACAGUGUACAAUAAACUCUCCCCACCCCCACAAAA